AUGUUGGUCUUGAAUUUCGUUUUGGAAAAUGAACGUGGAAAUGAUUUGACGGAAGUGGCUUUCCGUACUUUUGGAUUGCUUUUGGAAACAAUUAUUAUGGCAACUUCAGAGCAGCAAGUCCCUCCCAAUGGUCCUACUGCAGAUAUUGUUGGUAAUGCCUUUGUUGAUCAAUACUAUCAUAUGCUGCAUGAAAGCCCUGAACUGGUGCAUAGGUUUUACCAAGAUGUCAGUAAGCUUGGCCGUCCUGAACAGAAUGGUAUAAUGGGUAUUACAACCUCGAUGAUUGAGAUUAACAAGAAGAUACUAUCACUGGGUUAUGGUGAACUUAGUGCAGAGAUUGUAUCUGUGGAUUCACAAGACUCCUAUGGUGGAGGAGUCAUUGUGUUAGUCACUGGGUUUAUGAUAGGAAAGGAUGACAUUAAGCGUAAAUUUACUCAAUGUUUCUUUCUUGCUCCCCAAGAGAAAGGCUACUUUGUUCUGAAUGAUGCUUUCAGAUAUGUUGAUGAAAAGGGGCAUGAAGGGCCUGCUCAUGAUACUGUAUCUCCUGUCCAUCCUGACAUUGUUGCUGAUCCUUCUGUGCUGGAGACACCAGAUGCAGAGCAAAUGACUGUUACAGUUGAGGUUGAAGAGGCAGUCUACAAUACAGAAAAUAAUCAGCCUUCGAUUGAAGAAGAGGAAGAACCUGUUGCUGAGGUUCUUGAUGAAAGUCCUGAUUCUUCUCAGAUGGUAACUGGAAUGACAUCUCCAAUUGAAGAUCUUCCAAAGAUGUCUUAUGCCUCUAUUGUGAAGGUCAUGAAAGAGGGUGUUGUGCUGUCUUCCCCUGUGACAACGGUUUCUGUGAAAUAUGCUCAUAAGAACCCUGAACAUAAACAGGGUGCUGCUGCUGCACCUACACCACCUAUAUCAGAGACCAAUGGUUCUAGUGUAAACACUAAUGGAAUCGGUAACAUUCAAGAAGAAGCCGAAGCUGAGGGCUAUUCCAUAUAUGUGAAGGGUCUGUCUUCAACUGCUACACCUGCCCUCUUGGAGAGUGAGUUUAAGAAGUUUGGACCUAUUAAGAGUGGUGGUAUCCAAGUUAGGACCCAAAAGGGAUUUUCCUUUGGCUUUGUGGAGUUUGAAGUGCCAAGUGCUGUGCAACGUGCUCUUGAGGUUGUCAUCAUAUUCCCAUUAUUUAUUAUCCUUCUACUCUAUUAA